UUCGGACCGUAAAAUAUGCGUUUUUAUAUUUAGAACGUCAUUUUUCAGCGCAAGUAACAAAUUAUACUAGUAAGAAAAGAGUUUUUGCUGUCAAGCAAAACUGGUCCAUUUUGGCCUUCAAUGUGUGCAAAACAGAUUUCUCAUUGUGUGAAGAAUUAGUGUUAGUUAAAAUUCACAAAUAUGAAGAAACUCCCCAACCAUAUUAACCCGACUUCCCCUACAUUUCUACAUUUCAAUCAUCACUGAUGGGUUGGAUCUAUGCUUGCAACUCCCCACUCCUACUACAGAAAGGAACCCAGCUAUAAGGACAUGAAGCAUAGAGCAAACAUUUGUAUUUUUGAACCCAACAGACGCGUUUCGUUUAGCGCCCUCGUAGUGCACCAAAGUAGAGAAAACUAGUAGUCUUUCUUCACUGGGUCGAUAGUUUUAAUCAAAACUCAUCUCAGAAACCGUGUGCAACCGUAGUUAGUUUUUUAAAGUAAUUCCUCCGCGAUGAACAACCAAGUUUUCCCAAUCGACGAUCUUCCGGUGGAAGUGUUGGAGCACAUUUUCUCAUUUCUUCCGUUGUCGGAUCGUAAGUCCGCUUCGCUAGUGUGUUCCCAGUGGGAAAAGCUGGCCUUCAGCCGUCGAUUUUUGCGCAAGGUGGCACUCGAAAUUCGACUUUGGUGUAAGUCCCAGUUAACGUCCCUGCGCAGAAGCAGCCGCCGUUAUAGACAUUUGUACGUAAUUUUUAAUAUGAAUGUUCGUAACGAGUCCUGUUUCAAAUAUAUGUUGGAGGUUUUGGAGCUGUUUGAAAAGGAUGCGGAGAGCUUCCAGUGUUUGGGACAUUUUACCACAGAGCAGCUGUGCUUGGUAUUGAGUCGUUUACCAAACCUUCAGCAGUUGGUAGUCGGGUUGAACGCCAGAGCCUCGGACCAGAGUAUUGAAUUCCCUACGUUGGCGCAGCUUCAAGCUUUAGGCUCGUUAAGCAAUGUAUUGCAGAUUAAAAAUCUGGAUGUUCCCAAGGUGACCCAGCUCAGCAUCGUUUUCACAAACUCAGCGGAAGGAAAAGAUUCCAUGCCUGUGCUGAAACGACUAGCUCCACAGCUCAAGAAUGUAGAUUUGUAUUCAACGGGAUAUUUCAUCCCAAUAGAACAGCUACAGUUCCCAAAGGCCGAAGUGCUGAAAAUUGGUGGAAACCUGUGCCUUGCAGAUCACGAUUGGCAUCUACGAACAUUCUUCGCUGGAUUUAAGCUUCUGAAGGAAGUCGUACUCAACUCCGCCGUCAAAGAAAUAGCGCUGGAUGCAAUUACUAAGGCGUGCCCAGAAAUCGAAAUUUUCAAAUUCAAAGUUCUUCGCUUCAGUCCGAUACCAUUUCAUUUGUUAGAACGCCUAAAAUACUUGAAGACCUUAGGCCUCGGGUUAGUCUAUGACGAUUCAGAAAUCGACCUCAAAUGCAACCCAUUGGUGAGCGUAAAAACUCUUAGCGUAGAGCUUUCCGAAUGUGGAGAGAUUUUCUUCGAACGACUACAACAUCUACUACCAAACGUGAUCGCCAUGGAUGUAACCCUGAGGGAUGAUUGGGAGUUCGAAUGGGGACUUGGGCAAAUCUGCCGAAACUUCCCAGGUCUUCAGCGUCUGGAAAUAUCCGAUCUGGUCAUUCGGGGUCGAACGUUCUUUAGCAGCCUUCUAGCCUUGGAGCAGCUGGAUCAACUGGAAGAACUUACCUUGAAGGAAGUUCAUACACGUAUAGUUCAUUUGCCAUCGAGCCGGCGACUUGAACGAUUUGCGAUAAACUAUCCGUGCUGGCUGACCGACGGGGAUUUGCUGGAUUUGGCAAGCCUGUAUCCAAAACUUCGAUACCUUGAGCUGGGAUCGGGCAGACAAGUGACGUCUAAGGGGAUUGCAGCUUUCAAAUCGCAACUGGUAAACUGUGUGGUGCACUGUUUUCCGUCCGGGUUGAUCUGGAGUAGAGUUUUGACCAUUUAUCGGGAUAUAUUGGAAAUACCUCGACACAUGCCCAUAGAAUAGAAUAAAAGCUUUC